CAGCCGCGCUAAAUGAUACACCGCAGCGCGUCUCCCCUCCGCUUCUUUCAAGGGGGAGAGCAUCUGGGGCGGCAGUGCCCACUCGUUUCCUUUCGGUGUGCGGUGUGUGUUUGUUCCUCCCCGUCCGUGGCCCUCAUAUGCUCGGGGAGCCUGUGUGUGUGAGAGGGCGGACCUGCUCCAUCUCCCCUGCAGUCACACGCAGGAAUGGCUCCGUCCCCGAGGAGGCACUGGAGUCCAGCGAGUAAAACCGCAGGAGCCGCUGGUGCUGAUGCUGCAGCUGCUGCUGGUGUCGCGGCCGCUACCUUUGCCUCCAACCACAAACCUGCCAUUCAGAUGCCUCUGCUGCCUCCGCAAUGUUUGUUGCUGGUGCUGAGCUUGGGAUUUGGACCUGGUUUGGUUCGUGGGUCCAGGGGGACCAUCAUCGAGCAACCCUCCAACGGAACCUCGUUGUCCAUCAUGGGCUUGAUGCCCCUCAGCGAAACGGUGGCCAAGGGAAAUAUAGGCAGGGGCAUCCUACCUGCCGUGCAGCUGGCUAUCGAUCAGAUCCGCAAUGAAUCUCUGCUGAAGCCCUACUUCCUGGACCUAAGGCUUUAUGACACAGCGUGUGACAAUGCAAAAGGACUUAAAGCAUUUUAUGAUGCGAUAAAGUAUGGACCUAAUCACUUGAUGGUUUUUGGUGGCGUAUGCCCUUCAGUGACCUCUAUUAUUGCUGAGUCUUUAAAAGGAUGGAACCUGGUUCAGCUAUCAUUUGCAGCAACAACUCCAGUUCUAGCAGAUAAGAAAAAGUAUCCAUAUUUCUUCAGGACUGUUCCAUCUGAUAACGCCGUAAACCCAGCAAUAGUAAAAUUUCUCAAGCACUUCAAGUGGCAAAGAGUGGGAACAUUAACACAAGAUAUACAAAGAUUUUCUGAGGUGAGAAAUGAUUUAACCGGAGAACUGGAAGAUUCUAAUAUCCAAAUUGCAGACACAGAAAGUUUUUCAAAUGAUCCUUGCAUAAGUGUAAAAAAACUUAAGGGCAAUGAUGUCCGAAUAAUAAUUGGACAGUUUGAUGAGCACAUGGCUGCAAAAGUCUUUUGUUGUGCUUAUGAUGAAGAGAUGUUUGGCAGUAAAUAUCAGUGGAUUAUCCCUGGAUGGUAUCAAGCGCUGUGGUGGCAACAGGCCAAUUCUUCAACAUGCUCCAGUAAAAAUCUACUUACCGCUAUGGAAGGGUACAUUGGAGUGGAUUUCGAACCACUAAGCACAAAGCAAAUCAAAACAAUAUCUGGACGAACACCACAACAGUAUGAAAAGGAAUAUAAUGAAAAACGAUCAGAUGUGGAGCCCAGUAAAUUUCAUGGUUAUGCUUACGAUGGAAUAUGGGUGAUAGCCAAGACACUCCACCGAGCUAUGGAAUACCUUCAUGCCACCAACAGGCAUCAACGGAUUCAAGAUUUUAACUACACUGACCACAAACUUGGCAAGAUCUUCCUGGAUGCUAUGAACGAGACCAACUUCUUUGGAGUAACGGGACAAGUUGUGUUCAGGAAUGGAGAAAGAAUGGGCACAAUCAAAUUUACCCAGUUCCAAGAUGGUAAAGAGGUGAAGGUGGGCGAAUACAAUGCAGUAGCUGACAGCCUGGAAUUGAUCAAUGACACCAUUAGAUUUCAAGGUGUAGAACCUCCGAAGGAUCAAACUUUUAUCAGAAUGGAGCGUCGCCAGAUCUAUCUACCACUCUACAGUAUUCUUUCAGCUAUCACCAUUAUUGGGAUGAUCAUGGCUAGCACAUUUUUAUUCUUUAAUAUCAAAAACCGAAAUCAGAAGUUGAUAAAAAUGUCCAGUCCUUACAUGAAUAACCUUAUUAUUCUUGGAGGAAUGCUUUCCUAUGCUUCCAUCUUUCUUUUUGGACUCGAUGGGUCAUUUGUUUCUGCUAACACAUUUGAAACAUUAUGUACUGUAAGGACUUGGAUUUUGACUGUGGGCUACACAACAGCUUUUGGAGCAAUGUUUGCAAAGACAUGGAGAGUUCAUGCCAUUUUCAAGAAUGUAAAAAUGAAGAAAAAGAUUAUCAAGGAUCAAAAACUUUUGGUUAUUGUUGGUGGAAUGCUGCUUAUUGAUUUGUGCAUUUUGAUCUGCUGGCAAAUAGUGGAUCCUUUAAAAAGAACAGUAGAAAAUUACAACCUUGAGCCGGAUCCUGCUGGAAGGGAUAUUGCAAUUCUUCCAUUUCUGGAACAUUGUCAGAACACUCACAUGACCAUCUGGCUUGGAAUUGUAUAUGCCUAUAAAGGCCUUCUUAUGUUGUUCGGUUGUUUUCUGGCAUGGGAGACGCGUAAUGUAAGCAUUCCGGCACUGAAUGACAGCAAAUACAUUGGAAUGAGUGUGUACAACGUGGGCAUCAUGUGUAUAAUAGGAGCUGCAGUGUCUUUUCUCACCAAAGACCAACCCAACGUCCAGUUCUGCAUUGUAGCUUUAGUCAUCAUCUUCUGCAGUACAAUUACUCUCUGUCUCGUCUUUGUGCCAAAGUUAAUUACCCUGAGGACAAACCCAGAUGCAGCAACUCAAAACAGAAGAUUCCAGUUCACGCACAAUCAAAAAAAGGAAGACUCAAAGACUUCAACAUCAGUCACCAGUGUGAAUCAGGCCAGCACGUCUCGAUUAGAAGGACUACAGUCCGAGAACCAUCGCUUAAGAAUGAAAAUAACAGAGCUGGACAAAGAUCUUGAAGAAGUCACAAUGCAGCUACAAGACACACCGGAAAAGACAACCUAUGUCAAACAGAACCACUACCAGGACCUAAAUGACAUUCUCAGUAUAAGAAAUUUCACAGAUAAUAAAGAUGGUGAAAAGGCUGUUUUAAAAAAUCAUCAUGAUCAAAAUGCUCCUCCGCAGUGGAACACAAUAGAAACGUCUAGAACCAAUAAGGAUACUAUAGAUGACAUAAAUUCUCCAGAGCAUAUACAGCGACGGCUGUCUUUACAACUACCCAUUCUACACCAUGCCUACUUGCCAUCAAUAGGAGGCAUAGAUGCAAGCUGUGCCAGUCCGUGUGUAAGUCCCAGUGCCAGCCCACGUCACAGACACGUGCAGCCAUCUUUUCAAGUCAUGGUCUCUGGCCUGUAGGAGUGGAGGAAACAGGCUUCCUGGACUACUCUUGUAAUUUCUCAAGAGACUCAACUGCACAUGCUGAUACUGAACGUUUGCUACACACAUAACAUUUGCUCUUACUCUAGAAGGAAAUUUCUAUUGUUGUCAUCCUGGAAAUCUGACUUAACCAGCGUGAGCUAUAACAAAGAAAGGAAUAGAGAGAUGCACAGAGUUAUACCUGGAGCCUUAUUUAUGGAAUUUCUGUUUCUUUACUCAGAGGACUCAAAUAAAUUGAUUCUUCCCUAAACUCUACGAACAACAGAACAAGAGUAGAGAGUUUUAAACCUUGCACAAAUUUAAAAAAAAAACAUCAAGUAACAUAAGAUGAACUUUUUAAAUCCAAGCCACAAAGCUAAGUAUACGGCUGCUAUGAACAUUGGUUAGUACACUUUAUACACAAGUAAAAAAUAAAAACAAAAAAAAAAAUCAGAAUAGAAAAAGUAAAAAACCACGAAAAAAAGAAGAUGGCACAGGUAGGGAAUAUUUCCAGAAAAAAAAUUGCAUACAGGUUUCUACAAAUCUGUUCUACUGCUGAAAGCAUUCUUUACUGAUUAGACCUGCUUUUGUGUUACUCCUCAGACUACACAAGGCUGGAAAGAGCAAAAAGAGCAACUUUACAAUUGACCCCUCAGGUGUAAGCGUGACAUGCAGUAUUACCAAGGUUUUGUUUCUGUAACUGAACUAAGACAUUUCUACAAUGGUAUAACGUAGUUGCAGAGGCGAUUUGGUGUUGCUCUGAAACCAAGGUUUUACUGUUCUGAGCCAGAACCAUUUUGCAGCACAGCACUUCAGAGAAUAUGGGAACUAUAAUGUUCCUGCGCUCGCCAUUUGGGACUAUGUUUUACCAAGGUUUCUGUAUUUUAUUUUAUUUUUUAUUACUUUUUUUUUUUUUAGUAAUGCACAAAAUGGAGCGACUUCAGGCUUGAUACCUAGUAAAUAGCUUAUAUGUCACAAGAUGGAUAACUUGUCACAGUUGUGUUUGAUUUGUUCCAUACAGUGCCACAGAGAAAAGUACAAUAAAACCAAUGUUACAGUGUA